CAACAACUCCGACAAGAAGCGCUACUAGGCGUGCUCAAAGUACGCCAACUACACCUCAAUCAAUAAGAAUGAUCUUCUAAAAGUCAAAGUAGCGCUAAUAAUGCGACCGGCUUUCCUGAGCAGACAGCAGUUUUAGAGUUCAUUGUGCGGGAUAAUUUUGUUAUGGCUACUACUGAGAUGGAAUCUGGGUCUUUGGAAAGCAGAUCAGAACAUGGGACAGCCGACCCCGAUUCAAAGUACCCUCUGAAAGUUCUCUAUUGUGGAGUGUGCUCUCUGCCUACUGAGUACUGCGAGUACAUGCCUGAGCCAGCCAAAUGUAGGCAGUGGCUAGAGAAGAACUUUCCGGAUGUGUUUGCCAGGAUGACUGUAGGUCCGGCAGCGAACACGCCCAAGCAGGAACCCGGCACUGGAGAUGCUCCCCCUGCAGGCGAGGAGGAGGAGAAGAAGAAGCAGAAGAGAGGUGGAAGAGGCCAGAUCAAACAGAAAAAGAAGACUGUGCCUCAGAAAGUCACAAUAGCAAAAAUCCCAAGAGCCAAGAAGAAAUACGUCACACGGGUGUGUGGCCUGGCAACAUUUGACAUCGACCUUAAAGAGGCUCAGCGAUUCUUUGCCCAGAAAUUCUCUUGUGGUGCCUCAGUUACAGCCGAGGAUGAAAUAAUCAUUCAGGGAGAUUUUACAGACGACAUAAUCGACGUCAUUCAAGAGAAGUGGCCUGAGGUGGACGAUGACAGCAUCGACGAUCUGGGUGAAGUCAAGAAGUGAAGACCAAAUAUGCACUUUUACUGACAUGGAUGUGACCUGUAACAGCGACAACCUGGCCAAAUGUACACAUUAAGUCAUUUUAUACCUAUUUUAUUUACUGUACAUACAAAGCUGCGGACUUGGCCACUCACUUGGCAAAUUUCUUUUCUUUCUUUUUUUUUUUUUAGUUAAUAAUAGCUGCUUUCUCUCGUUUGCCAAAGGUGUGGUAUGACGUGAAUCCUUCCCAAAUGUUCUUCACUCAAGCAAAACUGUAGGCUAAUAAAUUUCAGUCUCCUUCGCCUGUACGCUCCAGUCGUCAUUUCAAUUGUUUUUGGUUUCCAUGAGUGUGUGAAAGCAUUAAAAGUGAAUUCUUUUCAGGGC